AUGAUGUCUCCUGCCACCUUUGUCAUAGUAUGGAUGGCAUGCCUAAUUUUCAGUGUUUCCAGUCAGUUUAUUCCCCAACACCGCAGUAUCUGGAAGAAAUCUCAGAGCUGUCACAGACAUUAAAUCAGGAAAAAGCAGGGCACAUUAUACAGCUGGGAUCCAAUCAAAGCCCCAAUGGAAGUCAACAGUCUGAAGAUGAUAUUGGAAAUAUGCCACCUCGAAGACCACCGCCCUGUCUCUCCCGAUCUAAAAUCAAGCAUGCUUUUAAGUAUGUCUCCACUAUAUUGUCCUGUGUCAUUUUCCUAGUGGGGAUUGUAGGAAAUUCAACACUUCUAAGAAUUAUUUACAAGAAUAAAUGCAUGAGGAAUGGUCCCAAUGUACUUAUCGCCAGCCUGGCACUGGGAGAUCUUUUCUACAUACUAAUUGCUAUUCCCAUCAAUAUUUAUAAGCUUCUAGCUGAGAACUGGCCAUUUGGCGCUCAUGUGUGUAAGCUGGUUCCAUUUAUCCAGAAGGCCUCGGUGGGUGUCACAGUCCUGAGUUUAUGUGCACUGAGCAUUGACAGGUAUCGAGCUGUGGCUUCUUGGAACCGAAUACAGGGCAUUGGAAUUCCAGUGUGGAAGGCCAUAGAACUCACUUUGAUCUGGGCUGUGGCCAUCAUCUUGGCUGUCCCAGAAGCCAUUGCCUUUGACUUGGUUGAACUAGAAUUUAAGGGACAAAUUAUGCUGGUCUGCAUGUUACCGCUAGAGCAAGCAUCUCCUUUUAUGACAUUUUAUCAAGAAGUGAAAGUAUGGUGGCUUUUUGGUUUUUACUUCUGCCUUCCUUUGGCCUGCACCGGAAUCUUUUACACAUUAAUGUCCUGUGAGAUGCUAAGCAUGAAGAAUGGCAUGAGAAUAGCACUCAAUGAUCACAUGAAACAGAGAAGGGAAGUGGCAAAGACAGUGUUUUGCUUGGUGGUGAUCUUCGCACUCUGCUGGCUUCCUCUCCAUGUGAGCAGUAUACUUAAAAAAACUGUAUAUGAUGGAACAGAUCCACACAGAUGUGAACUUCUCAGCUUUUUCUUAGUCAUGAAUUACAUUGGAAUCAAUAUGGCCUCUCUGAAUUCCUGUAUAAAUCCAGUGGCGCUCUACUUUGUUAGCAGGAAAUUCAAAAACUGUUUCCAGACCUGCCUAUGCUGCUGGUGCCACAGGCCCAACCUCACUAUCACUCCUAUGGAUGAAAAGGGUUCUGGCGGGAAAUGGAAAGCUAAUGGCCAUGACUUAGUCCUAGAUCGCAGUAGUUCUCGUCUGACAAACAAAUACAGCUCUUCCUGA